GGAAACGCACACGCUAUGCGCAUCUUUCUGAGAUUUAUAAACAACUGAAGCUGUUUACAUAAGCUAUUGCAAAUAUUCGCUACAACUGAGCAAUGCUUUCGAUGUAAAAACACGGUGUGCAAUAUACGAACUGAAAUCAGAGAGACGGAGCGUCAGCGCUUGCUAGACACAGCUGUAGUCAGUCAUGCCACUGGUCAAGAGGAGUAUUGAGCCCAAGCACCUGUGCAGAGGAGCUCUUCCUGAUGGAGUGCCCAGUGAGCUGGAGUGCGUCACCAACAGCACCCUGGCGGCCAUCAUCAAACAGCUGGGCAGCCUGAGUCGUCAUGCGGAGGACAUCUUCGGGGAGUUGUUUAAUGAAGCUAACAGUUUCUACCUGCGUAUGAAUAACCUGCAGGAGAGAGUAGACUUGCUGGCUAUCAAAGUCACCCAGCUGGACUCCACCGUGGAAGAGGUCUCUCUGCAGGAUAUCAACAUGCGAAAGGCCUUCAAGAGCUCCACCAUUCAGGAUCAGCAGGUGGUUUCCAGGACCUCAAUUCCUAAUCCUGUCCUUGAGCUCUACCAUCGUGGAGACAAACCUCCACCUCUUAAUAUACUUAGCCCUUACAGAGAUGAUAAGAAGGAUGCAUUGAAGUUCUAUACAGAUCCCUCCUACUUCUUCAUCUUGUGGAGGGAGAAGAUGCUGCAAGCCACAGAGGACAAACGAAAAGAGAAAAGGAGACAGAAGGAGCAGCAGAAGCAGGUGGAGGAUCCCAGUCGUGAGGUGAAAAAGGUCCGUAAAGCCCGAAAUCGUAGGCAGGAGUGGAACGUUAUGGCGUAUGACAAGGAGUUCCGCCCCGAUGCACGAUUCACGCCCUCUCCGUACCAUGGCAUGUCAUCGGAGGGCUCCCUUUCACCUGACAACAGGUCUGUUGCUUCAGACAUGGGUGAACACUCUUACCCAGGUAGCCCCAGUCAUCCAAGUCAGCAGAUGGCCGUGAGCAGUGCCUACUCCACUUCUGAUGGCAAAGAUCACCUCAUGGCCCCCUCUCAUGUCCAGACCCAGUCCUUGGACCGCAGUUACCGCCCAGCUCCUUCCUCCUCCACUCCCGCUGGGAGACAGACUAUUGGCAGGGUUCAGACUUCCCACGGACAACCAAUCGCAGACCCUGCCCUUAAUGGACCACGCCCACUGCAGGCUAAAGACUACAGUGGUCAGCAGUCCCAACAUCGAGAGUAUUUUGUUCCUCCUGCACCUCCUCCCCCUCCUCCUCUCAUUCCCUCUGCCCAGACAGCCUUCGACAGCCCCACUGGCCCCUCCUCUGCCCUGCCCAGUGCCGUGCCACCUCUCUCCCAAUCCUACAACCACUGUCCACCCACUCCUGCCCUCCCUGCUUCCUACACCCCUUCCCCGACCCAUCCUCCCCCUGCAGCCCCCCCUCCACCUCCACCUGGACCGCCCGCACACCCCCAUACACACCCUCAUACACACACCAUGCCCACGGCUCUGGCAGAAGCACUGGUGGUCCCCAGGAAGGGCCAAGUACCCCUGAUCCCAAUGAGCGAUGCUCGCAGCGACCUGCUAGCUGCCAUCAGACGAGGAAUCCAGCUGCGUAAGGUGCAGGAACAGAGGGAGCAGGAAGCAAAGAAGGAGCCAGUAGGGAACGAUGUGGCCACCAUAUUAUCACGUCGUAUUGCCGUGGAGUACAGCGAAUCUGAUGAAGACUCUGAGCUGGAUGAAAACGAGUGGUCAGACUGAAACAAGGAAAACUAAGAUUGUAACAAGAAGUAAGGGUUUAGAGUCUAGCCUUUGGAGAAAAGAAUUAAUGUAGCAUGCCGAUGUCUGUGUGCACUCAAAGGACACAGCUCUUGUGUUUAAAAAGUAAGGGCUGCAUGACUGCAAAUUGUCAAAGAUAUUGAACCGAAAACGUAAGAUUUUUUCUUUAAUUUGAACUGAAGCCUUGUCAGUGAAGUUUAACCAGAAGUUUUUACCACAUGGAACAUUGUUAGGUCGGCACAGUGGGCCCACCAGUGGUGGUCCUACCAUCUGUUCUUUUUGCUGCACUCUCAGCCUGAUCUCAUUAUUAUACAUAGCUAUUUGAAUGUGAAUUUUUGUUACAUUUAAACAUACAUUUUUGGAUGUUUUUAUUUCAGCUUUUAUUUCUUUCAUCACAAUCCCAGUGGGUCAGAAGUUUACAUUUUGGUAGCACUUGUGGGUAAACUUCCACAAGCUUCUCACAAUAAGUUGCUGACAUUUUGGCCCAUUCCUCCAUACAGAACUGGUGUAACUGAGUCAGGUUUGUAGGCCUCUGUGCUCGCACAUAUUUUUCAGUUCUGCCCACAAAUUUUCUAUUGGAUUGAGGUCAGGGCUUUGUUAUGGCUACUCCAGUACCUUGACUUUGUUGUCCUUAAGCAAUUUUGCCACAACUUUGGAGGUAUGCUGGUGGUCAUUGUCCAUUUGGAAGACCCAUUUGCGACAAGCUUUAACUUCCUGGCUGAUUUCUUGAGAUUUUGCUUCAAUAUAUCCACAUCAUUUUCUUUCUCCAUGAUGCUAUCUAUUUUGAGAAGUGUGCCAGUCCCUCCUGCAGCAAAGCACCCCACAACAUGAUGUUGCCACCCCCAUGCUUCAUAGUUGUGAUGGUGUUCUUCAGCUUGUAAGCCUCAUCUUUUUUCCUCCAAACAUAACGAUGGUCAUUAUGGCCUAACAGUUAAAUUUUUGUUUCAUCAGACCAGAGAAAAUUUCUUCAAAAAGUACGAUUUUCGUCCCCAUGUGCACUUGCAAACUGUAUUCUGGCUUUUUUUAUGGCAGUUUUGGAGAAUUGGCUUCUUCCUUGCUGAGCAGCCUUUCAGGUUAUGUCGAUAAAGGUCUUGUUAUAAAGGAAGAAAACCACUCAGUCCCUAGAGCAGCUUUGGGACUCUCAGAUCACUGUCUGGUUCAUCUUCCAAACUACAGGCAGAAACUAAAAUCAGCCAAACCUGUAGUAAAGACUGUAAAGAGUAGGAUCAAUGAAGCAGAGCUGAAACUACAAUCUGGACGAGCUCACAGAUACUGUGACAUCAUAUAUCAUUUUCUGUGAGGAUAUGUUCAUUCCUGCUAGGACUUAUUUAACGUUCAACAAUGACAACCGUUAGUUUACAGCAGAACCCAGGCAGCUUCGUCAGGCAAAAGAGGAUGCUUAUAGGAGUUGGGAUAAAAUCUUGUACAAUCUGGCCAGUAACACACUGAAUAUGGAAAUCAGAGUGGCUAAAUAAACCAUUCUGAUAUGCUGAAAAACAAGUUUUCAGCUAAUGAACCUGCAUCAGUGUGGAGUGGCCUGAAACGGUUAACUAAAUACAGGACUCCUACCCCCAACACUGUAGUGGACCAACAACUGGCUGACGACCCGAAUGUGUUGUAGAUUCAAAUCUACUGUAGAUUUGAAAGGCCCAGUCUCACACCCCACACCCGCUCUGACCUUCACUUCACACCAACAUUAUCACGUCCUGCAAACCCCCCCUCCUCCCCCCUGUGGCAGCGGGGGCGUGGUCAAGCGCCCGUCCGGGAGAGAAAAGCGGUAAGGGCGCUCACACCUGAGCUAAAUGAUAACUAACACCUGUGUCUAAUUUCAGUAACGUGAGGAGAGCGGCAUAAAAGGGCAGGAGCGACGGAGCAUGGGGGAGAACCAAGGAAGACUGUCUCUGUUGUGUUAUAAAAAACUUAAGAAUUAAAAACUUACCCCUUAAGUUGACGUUUGUUUCCGUCCCGUCCUUGAGCUAUUUCACACCCCCUUAUGCUACUCAACCUGCACUUAAGAUCUGUGAAGAGGAGGUGUGCCGUGUCUUCCAAAAACAAAAAACAAGGAAAGCACAGGGCCCAGAUAUGGUGUUUCACUCAGAUAUUUACAUGCCUAAGGUUGAUGAUCAGGGCUUUUUAUAGAUCUUGAAGGGAUGUUACAAGCCGCUGGCACCCCUCAUGAUAUAAUAUUGGGAGGAGACUUUAAUCUUUUGAUGGACUAGAGCAACAUUUAAGCUUCAUAGGAUGUGUACAAAUCUUGGUCUUACAGAUAUUUGGAGAAUUUUUUACCUAUCUGGUAGGGAAUAUACAUUUUUUUCAUCAGUCCAUAAGAUUUAUUAUAGAAUUCAAUAAAUAUCUAAGUCCCUCAUUUCAUCUGUUGUUGAUUGUUAAAUUGGAAACAUUUUAGUCUCAGAACACACCCUGGUGAGUUUAGAGGUGUUGCCACAUAUGAAGAAAAGGAAAUCAUAUAGUUGCCGUUUUAAUAUAUCCCUUUUGCAAAAUUAGGAAUUCCAACAAAUGCUAACGGCUGAAAUCAAUGUCUAUAUGGAGACCAACUGGACCUCAGUAUCCUCUGGUUGCGUGGCUUGGGGUACUUAAGGUGGUUAUUAGGGGUCAGAUCAUACAGUAUGCCUCAUUCAUCAAAAAGUCCAAAAGGAUCUCGUGAGGUUGGAAGGGACUAUUUAAAGAGCCGAGACAGAGCUUAAGCGCCGAAUGUCGUCUGGUGGCCUCAGAGAAUUGACCUCAUUGAUAUAUUGCUCAGUAACGGCUUUUCAGCCGGGCACCUUCCAGUGGCCCAAACAGGGCAUUAAGUAUUUGGGCAUUUUAUUCCCAGCUAAUUUGUCUGAUUUAGUUAGUUAAUUUUGACCCCUUAAAAAAAGGUUUCAGAAGGAUAUGGGCAGGUGGGCUUCAUUACAUUUAUCUAUGAUUGGAAAGGUUAAUGUUAAAGUAAAAUGUAACUACCUGUUGCAAUCUCUCCAUGUAAAUGUCACCCUCUCUUAUUUCAAGCAAUUUGAUAGCAUAGCGAAGUCCAUCAUUUGGAAUGGUAAAGGUCCCAGAUUACAUUUUAAUAAGUUACAUUGGCCGAUUGACAAAGGUGGGCUAGGCCUACCCCAGAAUUAAUUUUAUUAUUAUGCAUUCGAUCUCAGUCAUUUGGCUCAUUUGUAACUUCCACCUGUAAGAGCCCGGUUUUGUAUUGAACUGGAAGUUCUCACCCUUAUUUUGCCAUUGCAAAGCCUUUCUAUCAAACUAAUCGGAGAAGUUAAGUUACACCUCGUUAUCUUGCAUUUGUACUCGGUAUGAACAAAAGUGUCCACAGUGUUAAAUCCAGACAUUUAUUUAAAUGUUGCCUCAAGCAAAUGGCUGAACCCUAAAUUAUGUAUUAAUAACGUUUGGUUACGUAUGUAACCUCCGUUCCCCGAGGGAG